UUUGAGUCUCUCGAGUUGAUUAUUUUUAUUUUUUUUCGCUGUUGUGUAGUUUCUUGAAAGCAUUUGUCACGCAAAGUCAUCAAGUUUUCUUUCAGUGCUCUCGACAAUCAGACUUUUUAUAGAAGAAAUUCAAAAAUAACAAAAAAAAAACACGACGAUAAGACGGAACCGGCAAUGUUCGAAGGACUCCCAAAAAUAAAACGUUGCUGCGGAAUGGACUUGAAAGUGAUUUGCAUCGUUUUGGGCAUUCUCGAGUUGGCAUUUCUCGCAAUUUGUGCCAGCACGGAAUUCACCAUUUACAGCAGGCAUCGCUACGAGUCGCAUUUCGAGUCGAAAAUAUGGCCAAUGUUUCUCAUGAUUGAGAUGUAUGUCCAGUACGUGAUAUAUGCAGCACGUGCGGUUCUUACAUCAUGUUUGUUGUACGGACUGUUUACGCGAAAUCUCAAAUUUUUGCACGCGUAUGUAAUUGUGAUGAUCUUUGUGUGCAUUUAUUACUUCCUUCUGUCCAACGUGAUGCUUUUUACCAACUUUGAUGUGGCCAUUGAGUACUUCAUUACGUUCUUUUUAGACUCCAUCACAUGGCUCUUUGUCCAUUCGCUGCACGAAAGUUGGAAAAAGGGAGAUUACGAAAAGGCAAACACCGCAACGAUCUGAAAAACUUAAUCUGAACGAAGAGAGAGACUUUAAGUAACUUUUAAGGAUUUUUUUUUUUUGUAAUAAAGCAACUACCAAUCGUCAUGCCAAAAAAAAACUCACCCCACGAAAAAUUUAUCAA